GCCAAUCAAGGCUGCGGCUGGCAGUUCAGGAUGCUCUUGCUGCAUUGUUCCAUGUCCUACCUUCUGCUGCUGCUGCCAUUUAGUUCCUGGACCCAGAAGUUGCCCACUAGAGAUGAAGAACUUUUUCAGAUGCAGAUCCAGGACAAAACUUUUUUCCAUGAUUCAUCAGUAAUCCCAGAUGGAGCUGAAAUUAGCAGCUAUCUCUUCAGAGAAACACCCAAAAGAUUUUUCUUUGUGGUGGAGGAAGAUAACACACCCUUGGCAGUUACAGUAACUCCAUGUGAUGCUCCUUUGGAAUGGAAACUAAGUUUGCAGGAGCUUCCAGAAGAAUCCAGUGGUGAAGGCUCAGGUGAACCAGAGCCACUUGAACAGCAGAAACAACAGAUUACCAAUGAAGAAGGAACAGAAUUGUUCUCAUACAGAGGAAAUGAUGUUGAGUAUUUUGUGUCCUCUAGUUCACCCUCUGGCUUGUACCAGCUGGAACUCCUAUCAACAGAGAAAGACACACACUUCAAAGUAUAUGCCACCACAACUCCAGAAUCAGAUCAACCCUAUCCUGAAUUACCUUAUGAUCCAAGAGUUGAUGUCACUUCUCUUGGACGUACAACUGUCACUUUGGCAUGGAAACCAAGCCCUACAGCUUCAUUGCUGAAACAGCCAGUGCAAUAUUGUGUGGUCAUUAAUAAAGAACAUAAUUUCAAAAGUCUCUGUGCUGUUGAAGCUAAACAGAAUGUUGAUGAUGCCUUCAUGAUGGCUCCCAAACCAGGUCUGGACUUCAGCCCCUUUGACUUUGCCUAUUUUGGAUUUUCUUCCAACAGUAAUUCUGGCAAAGAGCGUAGCUUUUUAAAAUCUUCAUCAAAGUUUGGGCGGCAUAUCUACUCCAAGCCCAAAGUUGACCUGGAAAAGAUUUGCAUAGGAAACAAGAACAUCUUCACCGUGUCCGAACUGAAACCAGAUACACAAUAUUACUUUGAUAUAUUUGCUGUAAAUGUUAACACAAAUAUGAGUACUGCCUAUGUUGGCACUUUUGCAAGAACCAAAGAGGAAGCCAAGCAGAAGACAAUUGAUCUCAAAGAUGGGAAAGUUACAGAUGUGUUCAUCAAGAGAAAGGGCUCUAAGUUUUUACGUUUUGCUCCAGUAUCAUCACACCAAAAAGUUACGUUCUUUGUGCAUUCAUGUCUUGUUGCAGUACAGCUCCAAGUCAGAAGAGAUGGAAAGCUUCUGUUGUCUCAAAAUGUUGAAGGUGUCCGUCAGUUCCAACUUAGGGAUAAGCCAAAAGCUAAAUACCUCAUUCGACUGAAAGGAAAUAAGAAAGGAGCCUCCAUGUUGAAGAUUUUGGCUACUACAAGGCCUAAUAAGCAGUCAUUUCCGUCUCUUCCUGAAGACACAAGAAUUAAAGCCUUUGAUAAACUUCGCACUUGUUCUUCAGUCACAGUGGCCUGGUUAGGUACACAAGAAAGGAAUAAAUUUUGUAUUUAUAGGAAAGAAGUGGAUGACAAUUAUAAUGAGGAGCAAAAGAAAAGAGAGCAGAAUCAGUGUCUGGGGCCAGACUUGAGGAAGAAGUCUGAAAAAGUCCUUUGUAAAUAUUUUCACAGCCAGAACCUACAGAAGGCAGUUACCACAGAGACAAUUAAAGGACUGCAGCCUGGUAAAUCCUACUUACUAGAUGUUUAUGUCAUAGGACAUGGAGGACACUCUGUGAAGUAUCAGAGCAAAUUGGUGAAAACAAGAAAAUUCUGUUAGUGAUGUUCAAUGGAACAUUAUUCAAUAUUAAACAUACAGAUCGACUACUUACAAAGCUGAGGAGUUGUGAACUGUAUUGGUACUAUGUAGAGAAGAUAACAUCUAUAUUUAUGUUUACAAAACUGAUUGGGUGGAGGGGCUGAGCCUGGCAAUCUUUGCUGGUAACUGACAGUUGCAUUAUCAUGCGUCUGGUGGUCCAUGCUUGAUGCUCCGUAAGAUAUCCAAACAAGCAGGAAAUUGUGAAGGAACUGCCCUUUUUGCUCCCAUAUUGCAUGAAGUGCUUCUAAAUUAUUUUAUUACUCAGAAUGCUGAGAUGUCAUUAAAUCACCUUGUUAUUCUACACAAACAAAAUUCCCACUCAACCUCUAUCUCUUUGUAUACUAGAGGAUUAUGUAAAUUAUUCUUGUUUGAAAUGUCUAUG